GAACCUCUUUUUUUUUUUAACGCAGUCACACUAUGUAGCCCAGGUUGGUCUUAAAGUCUGGAUCCUCCUGCCCUACCCUCCCACGUGCUGGGAUUGUAGGCGCGUCCCACCACGCAGGACCUAAGUGGGUUCCUUUUGUCCCUAAUUUCGGAGCUCCUUCAUGGUAAAGAUUUCUCUGGGGCAAUGGGAAGAGAUUUAGGCUGGGAUUUCUUCACCCACUGUUUACUGUGCCAGGCCUUCUAGGCGAUGGCGCUGCAAGGCUGAGUACAUCAGUGUCACCCCUCGGAACUAUAGUGAGGGAGGCGGACUACUAAACCAGGCAAACGGCAGCGUGUAGUGGGACGAGGCAAGCCUACCGGAGCUCAGCCCACGGGUGUCCCUAACUGAAGCAGCAGGAACAGGUCUGGGUCCCUUAGCCCCAGCAGAGCCCGGUCGCAGCCAACUUCCGGUCCCUGGCGCUCCACGAUUCCCAGCCCUGAAAGCGACGAGAAGGGCGCGGCGAGGGCGGGAGGCGUGUGUAUGACGCCACAUCCGGCGCGCGGCGGAACUGGCCUCUCUUAGUUUCCGCGGCGGGGCCGGAAGUAGAAGCGGCGGUGGCGGCGGCCCAAAGCGGAGGGAAGGAGGAAGGCAAGGAGCCCGAGAGCCCGAGCCGAGGUCGCAGCGGCGGUAAUAGUCGGAGGCUCCUCUAGGCCACCGUCCUUAGCGCGGGACCGCGGGGAGACCCCUGUGCGGUGCGGAGGGGGCGGAGGCCCCGACUCUGACCCGCGCCGGGGGAGUGGGCCAUGGCGGAGAUCAGCGACCUGGACCGGCAGAUCGAGCAGUUGCGGCGCUGCGAGCUCAUCAAGGAGAGUGAAGUCAAGGCCCUGUGCGCUAAGGCCAGAGAGAUCUUGGUAGAGGAGAGCAACGUUCAGAGAGUAGACUCUCCAGUCACAGUGUGUGGUGACAUCCAUGGACAAUUCUAUGACCUCAAGGAGCUGUUCAGAGUGGGUGGCGAUGUCCCUGAGACCAACUACCUCUUCAUGGGGGACUUUGUGGACCGUGGUUUCUACAGCGUUGAAACCUUCCUCCUGCUCCUGGCACUCAAGGUCCGCUAUCCUGACCGUAUCACCCUGAUCCGGGGCAACCACGAGAGCCGCCAGAUCACCCAAGUCUACGGCUUCUAUGACGAGUGCCUGCGCAAAUAUGGCUCAGUGACUGUGUGGCGCUACUGCACUGAGAUCUUUGACUACCUCAGCCUGUCGGCCAUCAUUGAUGGCAAGAUCUUCUGCGUGCAUGGGGGCCUUUCCCCUUCCAUCCAGACCUUGGACCAGAUCCGGACGAUUGACCGAAAGCAAGAGGUGCCCCAUGAUGGGCCCAUGUGUGACCUCCUAUGGUCUGACCCUGAAGACACAACAGGCUGGGGCGUGAGCCCCCGUGGGGCCGGCUAUCUGUUUGGCAGUGACGUGGUGGCCCAGUUCAAUGCAGCCAAUGACAUAGACAUGAUCUGCCGUGCCCACCAACUGGUGAUGGAAGGUUAUAAGUGGCACUUCAAUGAGACGGUGCUCACUGUGUGGUCCGCACCCAACUACUGCUACCGCUGUGGGAACGUUGCAGCCAUCUUGGAGCUAGAUGAGCAUCUCCAAAAAGAUUUCAUCAUCUUUGAGGCUGCUCCCCAGGAGACACGGGGCAUCCCCUCUAAGAAGCCUGUGGCCGAUUACUUCCUGUGACCUUCGGCCUGCCUCUCAGCCCCUCUGGCCCUUGGACCACUGUGACUGCCCUCUCUCCAGUCGGAGGCUGGGCGUGAGGGGCUGCCCCAGCUCUGCUCUCCCCAGGGUGAGGACUUUCUCUGGAGAGAUGGGAGCCUCGGCCCCAGGCUCCCUUCUCCUUCUCCCCACUCAAACCAUGAGGUUUCGUCAUUUCUUGUUUUUCUUUUUUCCUUUUUUUUUUUUUUUUUGUUUUUAGAUAAAAGUUUUGAGAAAAAAAAAGAAAAAAAUUCUAAUAAAAGAAGAAAAAUGG